AUGUGCAGUAUAUCAUGUUACAUUCCUAUUUAUGACAUAGAGAAUAGAAGAAUAAUCUUUAAUUUCUGAAUUACUUUUGCAUCUUUUGUUCUCUUGAUUUAGUUUGAAGUCUCCAUAUAUGAUCAUGUUCCUGUGCCUUAACUGCUGGUGUUUGUAGUGAUUUGUUAACUUUUAUUUGAUGAGGAAAGUCCGUCUUCUUCUUGAAGGAAUUUUAUGAAUCAUGAAGUAGAUAAGUUUGAUUCUAUAUGAAAUUGCAAUUGAUCCUUUUUAUAUAUUUUUAAUGAAAAACCAAGCUUCCAUUGAGCAACAUGAAAGAAAAAUACAAGUGCAGACAAAAAGUUGCCUCUCAAGGAGGUGACUUAGAACUACCUAUCCAUAAAUGAACUUCAAUUCAAAAGAAUAACAACUAACUAAUAAUUAUUGACCAGUUUAGUAAUCGCCCACAAAAAGGUGUUAAACCUAACAAUAUCCCACGUCUCUUCCUAGGAUCUCUCAAACCCUCUAAAAAGUAUACUAUUCCUCUCAAGCCAAAUACUCCACGUAAUAGCAAAGAAACAAGUCUGCUAGAGAAUGAUGUUGUUAUCUUGAAAAGGGGGAUUCAUGAUAACCUCUUCCAUCAUAGAACAACAAUCUCUAUUACGUACGUGCCCCCCGUAGAUUCCAAAAACUCUCACAAAGUGACUACAUAAAGCUUGUGCGAACAAACAACUCCACAAUAGAUGGUCAAGGAGGAAUGCCUGAACGCAAUCUAAGAUGCUAAUUCUCCAUGCAGACCUGCCACAUAAAGUAAGGAAUUCUGAAUGCAGUCGGAUUGGGAAUGUUUUCCACAAGUUGAUGAGGCAGAUUGGAAAUCCAGUUGACUUUGAACUUCCUGAUUGGUUUAAUAAAUGGAAGCCUAUGCCGUAUACCUUCAUUAGGCGUAAUGUCUACCUCACAAAGAAAUUUAAAAGACGCAUUGAGGAUGAUGGGAUAUUUUGUUCUUGUAGCCCUACACAGGGAUCUCCAGGUGUCUGCGAUAGGGAUUGUCAUUGUGGGAUGCUGCUGUCUAGCUGUUCUUCAGGCUGCAAGUGUGGGGUUUCAUGUCUUAACAAGUCAUUUCAGCACCGACCUAUGAAGAAGAUGAAACUGGUCGAGACUGAGAAAUGCGGUUCUGGGAUUGUAGCUGAUGAAGAUAUCAAACAAGGAGAGUUUGUAAUAGAAUAUGUAGGGGAAGUAAUUGAUGAUAAAACAUGUGAAGAAAGGCUUUGGAACAUGAAGCAUCGGGGAGAGACUAACUUCUAUCUGUGCGAGAUCAAUCGGGAUAUGGUAAUUGAUGCCACAUACAAGGGAAAUAAGUCGAGAUAUAUAAAUCAUAGUUGUUGUCCCAAUACUGAGAUGCAAAAAUGGAUAAUUGAUGGAGAAACGAGAAUUGGCAUAUUUGCAAGCCGGGACAUACAGAAGGGCGAGCAUCUAACUUAUGAUUAUCAGUUUGUUCAGUUUGGUGCAGAUCAAGAUUGUCAUUGUGGUGCUGUUGGCUGCAGAAGAAAGCUGGGUGUUAGACCUACAAAACCAAAGAUAUCUUCAGAUGCUGCAUUGAAACUUGUAGCAUGCCAGGUGGCCGUAUCCUCACCAAAGCUGAAAGCAAUCUUGUCCGGAAAAGAUGUUUACAAAAAUGGAGCUUUGCACGUAGGAAGUUCGAGACAGGCUUGUAACCAGCAAGUUGUGCACACCUAUAAUUGCAUUGGUGAGGUCAUUUGUAUUGCUCGCCCCAUAAGCGGAAGGUCUUUUGGUAUUAUAAAGAGGUUUGAUCAAUAUUCCAGAAAACACUCUAUCAUGUUUGAAGACGGCAAUGUUGAAUUUCUUGACAUGUCGAAAGAGGAUUGGGAAUUUGCAAGAUUGUGAGUGGUAGGGUACAGAGUGUAGCAUUAGCUCAGCUUGCAUCAAGAAAGCAGCAACAUGAAUAGAAAAGAAUGACUAUUCACUUACUGGCGUUUUGGGCGACUAAUCAAGGAAUGCCACGUGGAAUUUGGCAGCCAAUGAUAUCUCUCAGGUUGUACUAUACUAAAGUUCUAAUGCUCGACUUACUGAUUGCUGAAAUAUGAAAAACUUUCCCUUCGAAAGGGUCAAAAGAAAAGAGAAAAAGAUUUUUGUAUUGUAUUGUAUUGUAUUCUUGCUCCCAUAAACUUGGCGACAUUGUUGUAUGAUAUGUAGUUCUGUUCUUUCACAUUAGAAAAAGAAAUAAGGACUCAACCAAAUCAGCCUUAUUAUUACUUUUUGGACCAGUGGGGAAUGUUAUUUAUAAAGUCCAGUUCUGUCAUUGUAUUCAUAUUCAAGUGUUAA